CCGCUCUCUCUAUUUAGUUCCUCCAUCUUUCUCCUCUGCAAAGCCAAGUUCUACUCAUUUGCGCUACACUCUCAGUAUUCCAAACUCUCUUCCUUCUCUAACCACCUAACAUACCGAAAUUACCCUCUCAUAUUCAGUUUUUCUCUCCCAUGGCUGAAGGGAAACCUGCGAAAUACCAGGCCUUUCCCCACCAAAACCAUUUUGACCCGCCUCAAAAACCCAAAAGAAACAAAUAUGCUCUAGCUUGCUCUUUCCUAGCUUCAAUGACCUCAAUCCUUCUCGGAUAUGACAUAGGAGUUAUGAGUGGUGCAAUCAUUUACAUCCAACGGGACUUGGCCAUGACAAAUGUCCAGAAGGAGAUCAUAAUGGGUAUCAUUAAUGUCUACUCUCUACUCGGCUCUGCAGCAGCAGGCCGCACCUCAGACUGGAUUGGCCGCCGCUACACUAUUGUGUUUGCCGGUGCAAUUUUCUUCUGUGGAGCCCUUCUUAUGGGGUUCGCCACAAAUUACGCCUUCCUCAUGGUCGGUCGGUUUGUGGCCGGCAUAGGGGUCGGAUAUGCUCUCAUGAUAGCCCCUGUCUACACUGCUGAGGUGGCUCCUGCUUCGUCCCGCGGAUUUCUCACUUCUUUUCCUGAGGUCUUCAUUAAUAUUGGUGUUUUACUCGGCUACGUCUCCAACUUCGGCUUUUCCAAGCUCCCGUCCCACAUCGGUUGGCGACUCAUGCUUGGCGUGGGCGCCAUCCCUUCCAUCUUCCUCGCAGUUGGCGUCCUAGCCAUGCCCGAGUCCCCCCGCUGGCUCGUCAUGCAGGGCCGCCUCGCCGACGCUAAGAAGGUCCUCGACCGCACUUCCGACUCCCCCCACGAGUCCGCCCUUCGCCUCGCCGACAUCAAGGAAGCCGCCGGCAUCCCCCAAGACUGCCACGACGACGUGGUAGCAGUCCCUGGCACCGGCACUGGCACUGGCACUGGCACUGGCGCUGGCAGAGUCUGGCGAGACCUUCUCCUGCGCCCGACCCCACCCGUGCGCCACAUCCUCAUAUGCGCAGUCGGGAUACACUUCUUCCAGCAGGCGAGCGGGAUCGACUCGGUCGUCCUCUACAGCCCCGAGAUCUUCGACAAGGCCGGGAUCAGAUCUGACACCGACAGACUCCUCGCCACCGUGGCAGUCGGCUUCUCCAAGACCGUCUUCAUCCUCGUCGCCACUUUCCUGCUCGACAAGAUCGGCCGCCGCCCGCUGCUGCUGUCGAGCGUCGCGGGGAUGUUCGUGUCCCUGCUCUGCCUCGGCCUCGGUCUCACCGCGAUCGACCGCGCCGCCGCGGACAACCACAACCUCACGUGGGCCGUCGCCCUCUGCGUCGCCGCGGUCCUCGCGUUCGUGGGCUUCUUCUCGGUCGGGAUGGGGCCCAUCACGUGGGUCUACAGCUCGGAGAUCUUCCCACUGCAGCUACGCGCGCAGGGCUGCGGGAUGGCGGUGGCGACUAACAGGGUGACGAGCGGGGUGAUUUCGAUGACGUUUAUAUCGUUGUAUGGCGCGAUUACGAUCGGUGGGGCUUUUUUUAUGUACGCGGGCGUCGUUGCUUUGGCGUGGGUGUUUUUUUAUACGAUGUACCCGGAGACGCAGGGAAAGACGCUGGAGGAGAUGGAGGCGUUGUUCGGGAGUUACUGCAAGUGGAGGUCGACGCUCAGGGCGUUGAAUGAGAAGAAGGAUAAUGCGAAUAACGGGCAAGUCCAAAUGGGUUGA